AUGGCCCGAGAGUUGAGCCAAGAGGCACUACUGGAUUUUCUGUGCCAGGCUGGAGGAAGAGUGACCAACGCCGCCUUGGUGGGCCACUUCAAGAGCUUUCUCCGAGACCCCGACGCGCCCCCCAGCCAGCACCAGCGCCGCCGCGAGCUCUUCAAGGGCUUCGUCAACUCGGUAGCCGCAGUGCACCAGGACCCCGACGGCACCAAGUAUGUGGUGCUCAAGAGGAGGUACAGGGACCUUUUGGGGGAGGAAGGGCUGCAGCGACCCCGCGACCCGCCCGCUGCCGCCGCCCCUGCAGGGCGAGCUGCUCCCAGUUCCCCGCAAGACGCAAGCCUGUGGGAUCCGCCACCACCACCGCCGCCCAGGAGGCGGCGGCGCAAGAAGGAGCCGGAGGUGGAGCCAGGAGGUGCCGCAGCCCCAGCCACCCAUGCAGGUUGUAAUGGACUGGACGCCAGCCGCACCCGGGAGGCUGCCUGGGGAGGCGGCGGGCGGAGGGGCGGCUCUGGCCACACGGCCGGAACGAGGUGCGCGGCUGUGGAGACGCAGGGCCGCUGCUGCUGGGAAUGCCACCAAAACAGCCUGGAGGCACUCCCGGGCGAGCAGGUGCUCGGCGCAGCCCCAGACCCAGCAACCGACACCGCCACCACCGGAGAGAAGCCGGCGGGUGUCCCGCUGGCCCGGGAAGACCGCGAGGCUCCCGGGCAGCAGCCAGAAGGCGUGCCCGCUGAGCAGACACCGAUGCCCGCAGCGCCUUGCUCUCCUCCUGCAACCGUCGAGGCUGCUGGAAGUGGGACUUCCCCGCCUGCUCUCCUGUCCCGCCCUCCUUCCCCUGCCGACCCGCCGGAGCUGCUGACCCCGAGGUCUCUGCAUUAUUCCACCCUGCAGCAGCAGCAGCAGCAGCAGCAAGAGCGCACUUGGGAAUGGGUGGCCAGACAUCCCCAGAUACCCAAGGCACAGGACCAAGGCCCCAUCCGAGCCUGGUCAGUGCUGCCAGACAACUUCCCCCAGCUACACUCUGAGCUCAACUUCUGGGUCCCAGAACCUAACUCAGAGCCUCUAGAUUCCCCUCCUUCCUCUCAUUCUCUCCUUCCUGUUGUUCCGGAAUCCUGUCAGGAGAAUCCUCCAUUGACAGUCUUCCGUAGCAUUCGUAGUCAGCUGUCCCUCCAAGAUCUGGAUGACUUUGUGGACCAAGAGAGCCAUGGCAGUGAGGAGAGCAGCAGUGGGCCCAAAGAGUCCCCAGGGGGGUCUGAAGAGGGACUCCAAGUUACCCUGGGAACCCCAGAUAGGAGAAAGCUCAGGAAUCCAGCUGGCAGCCUUUCUCCAAAAGAGGGCAGUCCCAGCAGGAGCCCUCAGGGCCUCAGGAAUAGAGGGGAUGGUCACACCUCUCAGCAGGUCUCAACAGAGGCUAAUGGCCUUGCAGGCCACCCCCAGGAGUCUUUCUCCUGGCCAACUCCCAAGUUAAGGAGAUCCCUCAGGAGGAGCUCUCAGGCAGGGAGAGCCAAGUUGUCUUCUUCCGAUGAGGAGUGUCUUGAGCAGGACUUGCUGAAAAGGACUCGUCGCCCACUACGGUCCAGGAAACCCUCCAAGGCAGGAGCGGUGUCCAGCCCAAGAGUGGAUGCUGCUUUGACACCCAAACCUGCAGACGUUAAGUCUGCUGCAGCUGAGCGUUGUCGGCCUCACACCUCCUGGGCCCGGGGUGGAGAGGAGUCUGCAGCCUUGGUCCCGCACAGACGUUCUGAGCACAAGUCAUCUCUGGUUCCCCUAGAUGCCAGGGAGCAUGAAUGGAUCGUGAAGCUUGCCAGUGGCUCUUGGAUUCAGGUGUUGACUUUGUUUUGGGAGGACCCCCAGCUGGCUCUGCACAAAGACUUCUUGACUGGGUACACUGCCUUGCACUGGAUAGCCAAACAUGGUGACCUGGGGGCCCUUCAGGACUUUGUCUCCAGUGCACAGAAAGCAGGGGUUGCUCUUGAUGUAAAUGUGAAGUCCAGCUGUGGAUAUACCCCUCUGCACCUUGCAGCCAUUCACGGCCACCAGGGGGUCAUCAAAGUGCUAGUGCAGAGGUUGGCUUCUCGGGUGAGUAUCCGGGACAGCAGUGGGAAGAAGCCAUGGCAGUAUCUGACCAGUAAUACCUCUGGGGAGAUAUGGCAGCUACUAGAAGCCCCUCGGGGCAGACCCAUUUUUCCUGUCUAUCCUUUAGUCCGAAGCUCUUCCCCCACCAGGAAGGCCAAGAGCCGGGAAAUAUCUAGAAAUAUCACCCGGAAGACUUCCUUUGCUGCACUACUCAAAAGUCAGCACAGCAAAUGGAAAUUGGCCAAUCAGUAUGAGAAAUUCCCCCAUCCAAUGGAAAGAGAAGAGUAUAGUGACUGAGGUGGGCCCCUCUUUUGAACACGCAGCCACACACCACACACCAGUUCAUCCUUGAGCAAUUUUCAGUGAGAAAAUUCAGGGGGAAUAGAAAAAUUGCUGAGCAGUUGGUAAGGAAGAGAUCAUGGGACAUGGCUUACCUAGUGUUUACCUGCCUGGAUUUUAUGUCAGCACAUCCUGGACCUAAGGGGUCAUCCAAGCUUUCUGACAGCUCCAGUCCUCAGGGCAGUGAAACCUAGACACUGGACACCGUCGGGUGCUUAAGACCCAGGAAUGGUCUUCCUCUUGCCACAAUGAGCCACACUGGUUUCCAAAGCAGCAACCCCAGGCCUUGACUACAGAGGGAACAGAUGUUUAAGAAAAGGAGAAGCAAUUCAAGGGUUUGAGGCAGCUCCAACAAAAUCCUCUCUGGCUAGGAGCUCUGGGGCCUCUAUUCAUUUGGAGAUUGGAGAAUAAAUCUUGGCUGAGUGGAAAGCACCAGGCUUGAAAUCAGAUGGCUCCUGUUUUCUUUUUCUCUUUUUCUUUACUGCUCCCCUCCCUUUCUCCCCCUUCUUCUUUCCUCCCUCCCUCC